AUGACGGUCGAGCUGUACGUCGUGCUGUCUAACAAGAGCGGACGACAGAAUCUUGGCACGUUUCUACGCACCGCUUCUGCCUUUGGAACGACGCAAGUGCUGGUCGUGGGCUCCGAACGCUUUGGAACUCACGGAGCACAUCGAGCGCAGAAGUAUGUGGAUGUCGUACACUUGUAUGACGUUGCCGAGGCUCGUGAGUACUUGAAGGCUAGAGGCUGCACCAUCUUUGGUCUGAGCAAGCACCCGACCGGAUCCUAUGGAGCACAUGUCAUGCCGUAUAAAGGCACCAGCGCCUUCGUCAUCGAUAACGAGUUUCCUGGACUUUCAGAGGAACAGCGUGCUAUUUGUGACCACUUUGUCCAUGUUCCUUUUCACGGCGAGCAGACACAAGCGUCCAGCAAGCUUGAUCUGGACACGACUGUCGUUAUGGCUAUUGCGCUGCAUCACUUCACUACGCUCGCACAGUUUCCGGUCCGUGCAAUUGAGGCCACGAGUACGCAGGGCAAGUUUGUGCUAGAUGCGUACCCGACGUUCGAUCCGGCGGACAGUAAGCACGGAAAGGAGAAGGCAGCGAUGCGUGAAGCUAGACGCAUGACCGCUGGUGACGGUCUGUCCGAGGACAACGGACUCGGUGGUAUGUUUGGGUAG